AUGGCUGUCCUGUGGCUGGUGCUCCUGGCGGGGCUGCCCGUCUUCUUCCUGGGCGUCUUGGUGCGGGCCGUGCUGGAGCACUUCCGCACUGCCCAGGUCCCCCGGGUCCUGCAGCACAGGGCCAAGGUCAGGUUUCUGCACUGCAUGUUCCUGUACGCCAUGGCUGUGGGGAACAUACUCGAGAAGCUGAGGAUUUGCUCCAUGCCCAGGUUUGUCCGCUUCCUGCAUGACAGACUGUCCAUAAAGAACAACCGUGAAGUGGUGGUAACGGACCUGCAUUUUGGGACAAUCCCCGUGAGGCUGUUCCGGCCCAAGGCCACGUCCUGCAGCCUCCGGCGCGGCAUCCUCUUCUACCACGGAGGGGGCACCAUAUUUGCACACCGGCGUGUUCUGGUCCCUCUUCUCCUUAGGUACCGCAAGGCCCCGGAGCACCAUUACCCUGUGGCYGUCACAGACUGUCUCAAUGCCUCCAUCCACUUCCUGAAGACCCUGGAAGCCUACGGGGUGGACCCCUCCAGGGUGGUGGCCUGUGGAGAGAGCUUUGGAGGAGGGGCUGUGGCCCUAAUCACCCAGAUCUUGGAGGGCAAAACAGAUCUUCCCCAGAUCCGGGCUCAGGUCCUGAUUUAUCCCGUUAUGCAGGCCAUCAAUUUACAGUUACCCUCCUUUCAGCAGAACCAAAACGUCCCAUUCCUUUCUCUACAAUUCAUGAUGACAUGUGUGUGUUCAUACCUGGCCAUUGACCUCUCCUGGAAAGACGCCAUGAUGAAAGGGGCUUGUAUACCCCGUGAUUUCUGGAACAAGUACAGGAAGUGGCUCAGCUCUGACAACCUCCCCAAGAGGUUCAGGAGCAAAGACCAGCAACCUGAGACCCUUGCACCUUUUAAUGAGGCCGCCUAUCUGGAAACCAAACAAAUGUUGGAUGUAGACAUUGYACCCCUCAUAGCAGAAGAUAAGAUCAUCGCUCAGCUUCCUGAGGCCUUCCUGGUGAGCUGUGAGGUGGACAUGGUCCGGGAUGACUCCCUUCUGUAUAAGAAGCGCUUGGAAGACCAGGGUGUCCGUGUGACCUGGUACCACGUGGAGGAUGGCUUUCAUGGAUGCUUAGUUUUAUUUGAUAAGAAGUUUUUCUCUUUCCCAUGCUCCCUGAACGUUGUAAAUGCUGUGGUCAGUUAUGUAAAGGGCAUAUGA